AUGAACAUGGUGUUCCGGCAAAAGACCGUUGGCAGGGAGUCGUCACAGAAUGCUGGCACACCCGGCGACCCUGUAGACCAGGUCAACGCCAUGCCGGACGAGGCCUUCAUCAAGGAAUAUCUGCCUUUACUACCUUGCGAAUGGAGGCACCCCGUGUCCGAAGCCAGCUAUGCCAUCUCGCUCGUGCAGGCGGCGAGUCUGACAGAGGCCCAGCUCAACAGGUGCUUUGCUAUCAUCGACCAAACAAGCGGCCAGGACUACCGCUCGUCGCUGCAGGGAUGGCAUCCGUCCGCCAAGAAGCAGGAGAUGCGGUCCCCUGACCUGCGGUACAUCUUGGUCCGGCGCGGGGAGGAGAUUUGCGGAUUCGUGUCGCUGAUGCCGACGUGGGAGAAUGGAGAGGCGGUGGUGUAUUGCUAUGAGAUUCACCUGACGGAUGAAGUCAAGGGAACGGGUUUGGGCAGCCAGUUGAUGGGAUAUUUGACCGAGGUGGCUGAGCGGGCUGAAGGCAUUGAAAAGGUCAUGCUGACAUGCUUCGUCAGGAAUGAGCGUGCCAGGCGGUUUUACGAACGGCUCGGGUUCGGCGUGGAUGCGCAAUCGCCGAGGGAGAGGCGGUUGAGGGGGAAGCUGCUUGUCGCGGAUUACGUGAUUAUGAGUCGGAGGGUGAAGAGGCGCGGGAGGAAGCCGGCGGCGGACGACGAUGAAUGA